AUGCCCUUCGAUUCUGAGUUGAGGAACUUCAAAAGACUGCAGAGUGGAACUGCAGAAAAUUUAAGCCGACUCUUUGAUUAUGCGCUACAUGAUCCAUUUUUAACGCAAAAUGCGAUUGGUUCAAUCGAAAGAACAACUCAUGAAAACGGGAAUUUCUCUCUGAAUACAACAUCACUCGCAAAAUUUUAUUUUUUUGGCGAUUUUUUCGAUUAUCGCUACAUAGUAACAACAUUUAAGCCCGGAAAUAAGAAUUUCGGAUAUACUUCGACGAGUGAAAUAAAGUUGAAUGAAACUGGAAAUUUUGUUGCACCAGUUUUUUCAAGAAAAGUUUUUGUGGGUGGCCUUCCUCAUGGUGUUACAGCAAAUACGAUCACAGAAUUUUUUAAUCAAUUUGGAACAGCAACAGUAGACUGGCCUCAUCGCGAUCAGAAUAAGAGAUAUGCAUUUGUGGUGUUUGAGAAAGAAUCGUCGGUUCAAAUUCUCAUUGAAAAUUGCACUAUGUGUCAGGGAAAAUUGAACAUUAUUCUAAAAAAUAAAGGAAAAAAUUUAAAGAUGGUGCAAGUUAGACCAUGGUUACUUUCUGAACAGGAGUAUAGAAUCUCUGAAGCAGUAAUUAAUGAUCGCUAUUCAGUUUUCGUUGGUGGAGUUCCACGAACGACAUCAGCAAGAGAAUUGGCUGUAGUUAUUCAACAAACCAUUGGAAACGUAUCAUCAGUAACUUUGGAGCUCGAUUCGGAUACACAAUAUCCGAAAGGCGCAGCUCGAGUUGUAUUUAAAAAUCGAGAAUCAUACUUAAUUGCGAUAGCAAUGAGAAUGAUUACAAUCAAUAAAAUUGAUCAGGAGAAAGAAUUUAUACCCAUCAUUUUUGCGCUGAAGUGUCUUGUUUGCUCUAUCUGUGUGAAAAAUGUUGGCUCACACAAUCGAGGCUUACUUUACCAUAAGCCAAUGCUCAAGGAACGUUGCAAAAUGAAAGCACAAAAUGCUGAACAAACAUCAGAGCACGUUCUUAAUGCCACUUUCCUGCAACAUCAGAAACAAAAGAAAUACUGGCAAAGACACCAACAACAGCAAUAUGAACAGAAACAACUAAUGCAAGAAAAAAAUCACGCUUACUAUCCAACAAAACGAUUUCAAGUGAACAAUCGAGAUCGUUAG